AUGGCCACUACUCGGGGCUUCGACGCAAUAAUGGCCGACAAUGGAGUCAACGUUCCCUCCGUGAGCGACCUCUUGCCGGACGAGGGCCAAUCGAUGCCGCAGGUCAAGAAGAUCUGCACGGGGGAAACCUCGUCAGCUGCUCGACCUGCUUCAGAGCCUAUCACGGACCCGGCUGCCGACCCUGAAGCGGCUCCAGACCUCACCCUCAAUGGCUUCGAGUCCAGUGCGGCGCCUGCGCUGGUGCUGGCUGGUCCCCUUGUGCGGCUGAGUCGCAAUCGCGCUGUGGUCGGAGAAGUUUUCGAAUCCUCGCCCGGUGAAGUUCUUCGCCUUCCCUGUCGCUCGUAUGCGCGGCUUGUGUUCCAGCUCCCCACACGCGACGAUGCUAGGGGCUUUCGCGGAGCCUUUUCGAUGACCUUCCAUUACAACGGCGGUGCUGUCGAGCUGAAGCUCUACAACGAUCCUGAGCCCGACUUCACUGCGGCUAGGGCCUGGGGUGAAACGCACCUUAUCAUCCGCAACGUUCCCUUCGGAUACACAGUAAGCGCGAUUCGUCAGCUACUUACGUCGAGCCAUACGCAGGACGAGAGGAAGUGGCUGUUUGAUGUCCGCGGCUUCCACAAGGCAUAUGACCCAUACGAGGAAAUCUCGCAACCUCAGAUGAUGGGGCUUCCCGUCGCGGAAAUCAACAAUCCCUUCUUCGAGAACAUCCCCGCUGUGCUCUGGCUGGAGGGCGCCCAGCUUCCGAUGAUCAUCAACCUGUCAUGCCACUCCAAUAACCACCGGACGUGUGACCAUCAGUGGUUUGCGGCGACUCGCCGCAAGAACCUCCCCAACCGUUACACGAUCACGAUCGCCCAACUGCAGAAUGUCACUGGUAUGCAGCUGGGUGCACUUGCCUUGUUUCCUACACGGUCCGUCCCGCACCUGCCCAUGUCUCUGCCUGUUUUUUACGCCUCACAUGCUUCUCUUACCUUCCUGUCUUACUGUCCCGUGAUGCACUUCUUUCGCAUUGCUGCCCUUGACUAUGUGCUUACGGGCUCUGGACCGUUGCACUUGUUUAUAAAACUUGCGCAGCAGAUCUCCUGCUCGUCUCCCGCCUUGUCCCCUACGGUAGAUAGCGGAUGGGCCUCGUCUGUCAAACCAGCCAAGCUACUCGGACAGACUCCGGUGCCUCUGGCAGUCAAGGCCGACCUUGGGAUCUUGUACAUCGCCUCUAAGGACGAUGUGGAGCUCUGGACGUGUGCGAUCUGCGACUUCGAGUGUGGGCCUGCUCUAGACAGUGCCUUCACACACAUCCGCUCCCCUGGCCACGGGCUUCAGCUCAUGCAGACGGAGAACCAGCCUACUGCCCUGGAGACCUUGGGCCCUCUGAAGGCACACGAUCUGAGGCAACGCAAGGAGAUCACCUCAUUCCUUGCGUCACUAAUGUAG